AAGCUAGCCUCCUCUCCGCCGCCGCAACAGAAGCCUACCCUACCACCCUCGCCGCCGCCGCCUCCUCCUCCCCAGACUUCCAAGCGCCGGCGAAGAUGAAGACGAUCCUGGCAUCGGAGACGAUGGAGAUCCCGGAGGAAGUGACGGUGAAGGUCGCCGCCAAGAUGAUCACCGUGUCGGGCCCGCGCGGGACACUCACCCGCAACUUCAAGCACCUCAACCUCGACUUCCAGCUGCAGGAGGGCGGCAGGAAGCUCAAGGUGGACGCGUGGUUCGGCACUCGCCGCACCAUGGCCGCCAUCCGCACCGCCAUCUCACACGUCCAGAACCUCAUCACCGGCGUCACCAAGGGGUUCCGCUACAAGAUGCGCUUCGUCUACGCUCACUUCCCCAUCAACGCCUCCAUCACCUCCGGCAACAAGGCCAUCGAGAUCAGGAACUUCCUCGGAGAGAAGAAGGUGCGGAAAGUUGACAUGCUUGACGGUGUGACGAUCUUGCGUUCUGAGAAGGUCAAGGAUGAGCUAGUCCUUGAUGGCAAUGACAUUGAGCUUGUCUCUCGUUCUGCUGCUCUGAUUAACCAGAAAUGCCAUGUUAAGAAGAAGGAUAUCAGGAAGUUUUUGGACGGUAUCUACGUAAGCGACAAGGGUGCCAUCAAGGAAGAGUAGUGAGCUGCAUUUACUUUGUAGCUGGUAGCAAAAGCUGUAUUAGAGAGUUAGACCAGCAUUAUCUGCUGUGUUUUUUGUCGCUCAUAAGUUGACAGUGGAAUUUUGUACUGGAUUAGGAUGUCAUGUAACUUGAUCGGAAAGUGCUCCUUUACUAUACUGUGUUGUGAGAACCAUUCUAUGUUCAUGUUCCUGUCGAAAUCCUUUAUCAGAGUCAUUAUAAUUUUAUUUAUGUCAAGAUCUU